AUGAGUUCUCUCUAUUGGGACACAAUCAUCAAACCGGAUCAUGAUAGCGAGUCGUUACCGCAUAAUACUUCACUGCCGGCUCUGUCGGUCAUCCAGCAGAUAUUCUCUUCCAACAACACUCAUGAACAACAGCAACAACAUCACCAUCAACAUCAACACGAACAACAACAGCACGAACAGCAACCCUUGUUCAACUAUAGUCUCGACCAGCUGCUACAGGUCUCAGCUAGUGAACCUGUACUGAAUAGUCCUUCUCUGAAUAUGAGGGCUGCUUCUCCCGUCCCACAUGAACAUCACCAGCAGCAGCAAAAUGUAUUAUUACCUCCCCCGACAACUGAUAGGCCUCGAACAUUAUCCAGGCCAAACACGCUCCCUAGCAUGCUACCUUCCAUAGUCAGGACGGAACACGACUCGAGAGCUAGGACUCUGACCAGGAAUGGAUCGUCACCAAAUAUAAUACUCACUCCAUCACCCCCGGAUACAACAGAUACAGAUAGUCUAGCCGAACUACAGCAACCGACAGUGUUAUAUACUCCCGCUCCAUUACUAGUAGUACCACAACAGCAUACAGACUCGCUUCUCGCUCGACCUUCGCCAUUGGAUGACAUGCUAGAACGAUUUGCAAACCCACAACUCUUUGACUCGAAUGCAGCAUUUGAAGGAAAUAAUCCAAAUGAUAACGCUCGCUACAACAAUAGUAACAGCUUUGACGCAUAUGACGCGUAUGGACAAUUCUCAAAUAUGGAUGGCUUCCUGUCAAAUGAUGGUGGCUCGCAAAGUGGAAGCGGCGGGGUUUUAUAUGGUACAGGAGGCUCACGAUCGCCAUCACCAGCACCAUCAGAAGACUCGGAGUGGAAUAGUGACGCUGGAUCAGAUUAUGCUUAUGAUGCUGUGCAUUCACCAUUUGGAACACCUGCAUCUCCUAGUGGUAGUUUAAAAAGUCUGCCCAUACCUCCAGCAACAUCCGACUUUUUGGAUCCAUCAUCUGCUGGUGACGCUAGAUCCCGAAGGUGGUCUGCUGGAUCAAUAGGUACUCCACGACGACGAAGUAGAUCUAUUAGUAGUGUACGAUCCAAUAGCUCGUCAAAAUCUAGUAAAGAGCCGCUUGUAUGCCCGAAAUGUGAGAAACAAUUCCCAAGGAAGUUUAAUCUCACGAGUCAUAUGGUAUCGCAUACAUCAGACCGCCCUUAUCCAUGUCAGUAUUGUGAAAAGGCCUUCAAGAGGAGGCCAGACUUGUAUCGUCAUGAACGAAUGGUACAUGUGCCAUUUGGUUGUGAUAAAUGUAAAUCUAGGUUUGCUACGGAAGAUGCCCUAAGGGACCAUGCUUGCCCCGAUGUCCUAGCUGGAACUCCCGAACCACCAUCAUCCUCAUUAUCACCGUGCGAGCAUCCCAUCGAGUUUAAUCAUAAUAAUAAUAGUAGUAGUGACAGCAAUCAAAAUCAUCGUAGUAGCACUGACGACAAUAGGGACAGAAGCAGAAACGGGUACCCAAACGGUUUUCUGACACCAGAAAUCACACCAACACCAGAUUCAUCGCUUACGCUAUUGGAUCGACUUGGUCAGCCAGAAAUGAUGAGUCAAUCCAUGUACGGUGUCGGGUUUGGGGGCAGUGUGCUGAGUUACUCGAUGCCUACUUUAACGGACAACUUCUUUCUGUCUGAUGAUGGCAACAUAAUGGGGAAUACUGGGGCAGCGCAAUCGCAAUUUCAAUUUCAGCAGCAACAAUAG